AUGGCCGAAUCCUCCAACAACCAACUGUCGAUUCGUAUAGCAACCCUUGAAGAUAUCAAAGAACUUUCUAGAAUAUGCCUAUUGACCGCAAACGCUGGACAAUCUGCCGAGUCACUGCACCAUUAUCCUGAGCUUCUCCAAGGGCUUUAUAUUGAACCGUACUUGAAGUUGACUUCUACAUUUGGUUUUGUUCUUGUCGAUACUGUGGACGAAGGCAAGGGAGUUGUACUAGGGUAUUUACUUGCUACUUCGGACUCUAGGCGUCACGAAGCAGCUGCAGAACAAGAGUCCUACCCUCCAUUGCGUAUUAAAUAUCCCAACAACCCUUACCCCUCAGACGCGACUGAACGCGAUCAAGGUGUGAUCAAUCGCAUACACAAGCCAUUAAUUCGACCGCAGGCACUAGUGGAUAUAUCACCUGCCCAUAUUCAUAUUAAUCUGCUCCCUUCUGCGCAGAGACAAGGCUGGGGUGUAAAGUUAAUAGAUCAAGCUGUCAAGGCUUUGAAGGCUGAGGGUCAGUCAGCAUUAUUCGUGGGGAUAGACUCCAAAAAUCAUAAUGCACGCGCAUUUUACCUUAAAGUAGGGUUCAAGCCCUUUCCCUUCCCAGAUAAAGAGUAUUUGGUACUUCAUUUCCAGGACUGGAAAGGUGCAAGAAAUUGA